UCCCAGCUAUUAAAAAGCCACAUAGAGUCUUUUCAUACUGCCUGAGGAAUUAAUCCCUUAUUUAACGUUCAUAAUUGCUGGAUUGAUUUAACAGGACUGGAGCUAACAUUUGAUUGGAUUUGGCACCAUUGAUAGGCAACUGCCUGCUGCGUCCUCUGCUUCGAAGGCACCCUGGUCUUUGAGCCUCCAGCACCUUCUUCAGCAUGUCCAACCCAUCUAGGAGGCGUUUGAUGCUGGUGUUCUACUGGGUCAGGAAGAAGCCCCUGACAGAGAAGCCAUGCCCUACCAUCUCAGCCAAACCUUCUGCAUCUGCACCAGCUUGCAACACUCCUCACAUUUCACCCUACUUCACGAGGAGCAAGACACAACCUCCUCCGCUCAGGAGGUCCAGCAGGCGCAAGGUGCUUCGACUGCCGAAUCUCACCGACCCCAUGUUUUUAAGAUCUGCCAUUGGCAGCGUUGGCCGGAAGAGAGCCCGCAGACGUGGCAAGCAAAAGAAGACUCCAGCAGAAACAGGAAAAGGGGAAACAGGAGCCGCAGAGAAGGAGUUACCUCCUGAUUGCCCUUUAGAUAGAGAACAACUGGGGAGAAAUUCGUGGUCGUUUCUUCACACAAUGGCAGCGUUUUACCCGGAUCGGCCCACUAAAACUGAGCAGAAAGACAUGGUUCAGUUCAUCAACUUGUUUUCCAAGUUUUUCCCUUGUGACGAAUGUGCAGAGGACCUGAGAAGCAGAUUACGAAGAAACCAACCUGAUGCCAGCAACCGCCGUAAUUUGACGCAGUGGUUCUGCCGGCUUCACAACGAGGUCAAUAAGAAGCUGGGGAAGCCCGAAUUUGACUGUUCCCUUAUAGAUGAGCGCUGGCGAGAUGGCUGGAAGGACGGGUCCUGCGAUUAGAUAUCCUAGCAAAUACAAGAUUGGUUCGCUUUGAUUAAAAGAAGCUAGAAAGAACUAUGAAAUCAA